GCACAUGUACAAUAACUUAACUUAGGUAGUUUUGUACUUCACUACUAUACAUCCCAGCGUUUUUACACAAGCACGAGUGAGUAGAAAGUCGUUUGUAGACUCGAACUACAAUCCCCACAAUUCACCUCUACGAACAUAUGCGCAUCUGGCGUAUUCUCGUAUCUUCUAGCGCGACUCAUAUUUUGGAAUAGCUCGUCAACGUCACCAUGUAGCCUCUCAGUCCGUUCACGUCUUCAGUGCCGUCAGUCUGUGGGAUAUUUCUGCUUCACAGGUUGGAUUAUGAUGUCGACGUUCACCACAUUUGACUAAAAACAACUUUGGUGCCGUUCGUCAAAUGAAAGGAGGUGAAUGUUAGCUGAGCGGAGGAGAGCUAGCAAAAAACAACAACAACGCAAACACUAAAAAGGGGCAGGGCAGCUCCACGGGUCUGUCUGUUUGUCUACCCGUGGUUCUCCUCAAAUCAUCUCACCAACUGGAUCAAUAUGCAUCAAUCUGGUCCCUCAGUGAGCAGUGAGUUGGAGUUACUGCCAUCCAUGUAUUCAUUUUCGGGCCCCACAAGCCUUCCUCAAUUUUUUGACCUCGGCUCUCCGAGCACACCUGGCCACCGACGGAGACCAACAGCAUCUAACAACAGCUGGGAGACACGCUGCCUCAGAAAGCACAGAAGGGGAGUUGAUGAUGAGGGAUGCAGUGCCAAAAGGCGAAGGUUAAUGGUGGAGGCUGAAGUAGACAUUUCAGGGGACUCACACUGCAGCACUCACCCGGCCUGGGCUGCAGCCAGCAGCUGCCAUUCCCUGUCUGCGCAGCAUGUCAGCACUGCGCUGCCGCCGCAGCCCUCCUCAGAGCCUCAGCCCCUGCCUUUGUCACAUCCCUCCCCUUCUCUGUCCCGAUCUGAGAACGAGAACUCCGGCAUGGAGAUUGAGGCGGCUCAGAGGAGACUUCAGGAGAUUGAAGACAGAAUAACACUGGAGGAUGACGACGACGAGGAGAAUCUGGACGUUGAGCCCGCUCCGAGGCGACCAGUGCUGGUGAUGUCUGACAGUCUGAAAGAGGGUCUGCAGCGGAGCAUCAGCGACAUCCUGCCCCACAAAGUGGCCCAGUCUGUGAGCCAUUCCUGCAUGGAGUUGGUGUUGUGGCGGCCUCCCGACGACCACUUCGGUCCAAGGCUAAAGAGCUCGUUACAAAAACAGCGCAAACAACAGACAGUGUCGCGGCAGCAGCCCCCAACACCGUGCCCAUCUCCCGUUCCUCACAGUCCACUGAGCCCGUCCACUGAGCCCACAGACACGUCUUCUCUCCUGUACAGCUUCCCUGUGGCUCACGGCUCCGGAGAAGAGGACAUGGAAAUGUAACCGUGCGUAAAGAAUUUACAAGUCAUGCCAAAGGACACGACUGUACUUACAGUGUAGUGACACAAAAGACUAUCCAGAAGAACCCAGAACCACCUUACACUGGUGAGACAUGUUGGCUUUAUAUCAAUAUUCUGCUUUUGACAGUUUGUGCAACACAUGCAGUAUUUUUGCUUUGCUGUUUCCUGACAAUAAUCCUAUAACAUGUGAUAUGUGACAUAGAAAAGUAAUGCUUACCUUUUAUUAAGCACUUUUAUUUAUUGAAAUCUCAAAAGUAAGUCACGAUUUCAAGAAAUUGACAGUCACCGAUUUCAUAAAACGUACAAGAUUGAAUCCCCCCCUCCAAAAUAAGCUAAUUUGUACAGAAUCUUGCCAAAGCCUGGCCAAAAGCACACUGAUGUGUUGUGAAUCUCACUUUGUACUUUGUCAAACAUCAGUGUGCAGCACAUGAGUAUGUACAGUUUUUAAGUUCAGCUUAAAAUGUUUUUUCUGUGUGCUGUGCUCACAUUUGUGCUUACAACAGGACUUGCAGUUUUACUGUAGUGGUAGAAAGAUGAUUGUUCUGCAGUGUUUCUCAAGUCUGUGAAGCUUUAGGGGAAAAAACAAUUCCCGCAAAGGCACCUUUUUAUGAUUUGAUUGUAUUUUCAUACACGUUAUCAGAAUCGCAAACAGCCAUUACGUUUACUACUUUAUAAUUGUUUAUAAAUAAACUCUUAAAUGGCCAAAUAAAAAGGUUGCGCGUGACUUUUUUAUUGAA